AAAUAAGUGACAUCUGGCGGCGGGUAUUCGACGUAAACAAAACAGAAAUGGAUCAGCUUGAUGCCCUUUUCGGUGGAAAUCAACUCAGUAAUGGUGAUCUUUUACAGCAGAUUGCCUUACUGGCCUGGGUUAAAGGCGGUGAUAAUGGAAAACAACUCAUGGAGUCUGUAACUACUUUGAGGGUUGGCCGAGAGAUCUACAACAGACUCACAGGGGAGGCUCUUAUAGAACAGUAUAGGAAAGAAUGCAUACUCGGUAUUACAAAAUAUAUCAAGGACCAUCCCAGGGCUUCGGAAAAAGAAACCCAGGCCGAGGUGACAAAACAGAUCCAGUUAUUCGCUGCCCGUGUCUCUGCUUUGUGAUCUUCAACCAAUGACUCAUGACUGACCAACCACUCGGUGUUCUCCAUUCUGAUGUAAUCAUGGCAAAGAGGAAACAGUUCCGUUUUUCAUGAGGCUAGCGGAAUGAAAAUUGUCCACCUGUGGAGAACAUUGUCUUUCCUUGUGACCUUUCUGUUGAAGGACCUCUGGUAGGUUCUUGGACAAUGAAAGAUGGUUUUGUCAACUAAGUAGUGUACACUGUUCUAUUUUCAGUUAUUCAACUUAAAGUAAAUUACAACGAUGGUUUCAGUCACAUGUCAUAUGGGAUGUAUUGACUACAUGUGUUGAACCAUUGGUAUUCUAAGAUAAGAGCGUUGAAGCAAAUGUGCUGAUGCUGCGGAAGCUAACUAAUGAUGUCUAACUUAGUUUUCUAUAUUCGCUUGUUAUGGGACUAUCUUUUUUCCAAAUGGGGAAAUUAAGUUGGCCAAAUGUUUCAUUCUAUUUUGUUUAUUUUCAUUUACAUGUAACUG